CUGCUGUGAUAUAAGCAGAGCCGUCACUCCUCUCCAAGCAGAGCUGCCCAUUCUCAUUGUUUACAUUAUCUGCACUCAAUGAAGGUGCCGCUGAACUCUGCUUCUGAGCCCCAGCCAAUAGCCACAAUCCCAGGAACGGAGCAGUGAACAGAACUUUAGUGGAACCGCAGAGCAGCGGGAUAUAUCUCACCACCUUUGAUCUUGCACAGCAAGUUUUUUGCACAAUUAGGUUUCUCUGCAUCUCAGGAACAUGAACAGAUCCAAAACCUUUGGCAAAAUCAGGAAAAGGCUAGAAGAAGCCAAAAACAAAUGGGCCCGACUGAGCAAAGUAGAUUACAGCUACAACGAGAGCGCCCGGUUUGCCACCGAUGCUCUUUUGGACGGUGGGGUGGAAGGCUACCAGAAAGUCCUCAAUGAAGAAGGAGAGGUGGACUUUCUCUCUGGAGAUGAGGUCCAGUAUAUAAUGAAGAACAUUAAGGAGCCCAUGUAUUCUAAUGAUAACCAGACAGAAGGGGAGAAUGGUUUGGUGGUGGUCAAUGGAAACAAAUCAGAGUGUUUCUACCCUAUGAACUCAGAUAAGAGUGAGCAUGUGUCUCCGUUACACAACUGGAGCGCAGAGGAGAAGCCGUAUCUGAAGGACAAGUCCAGUGCCACCGUCUACUUCCAAACAGACAAAACCAACAACGUCAGGGAAACCAUCCGCCGAUGCAUUCACAGAACUACCCAGGUUUUGGCUAUACUGAUGGAUGAGUUCACAGAUGCUGAAAUUUUCUGUGAUGUGCUGGAGGCAGCAAACAAGAGGAACAUAUUUGUCUACUUGCUCCUCGACGCAAACAAACUGCAUCUCUUUACCCAAAUGUGCGAAAAACUGCAAGUUAGAGAUCUUCAUAUGAAGAAUAUUUCCGUGAGAAGUGUCACUGGAGAUGUUUACUGUGCCAAAUCUGGCAGGAAAUUUGCAGGUCAAAUUCAUGAAAAAUUCAUCAUAUCCGACUGGAGAUGUGUCCUGUCUGGUUCUUACAGCUUCACGUGGCUCUCAGGCCAGGUCCACAGGAACUUCUUGUACAAGUUUUCUGGAGUUGUGGUAGAGCUGUUUGAUGAGGAGUUCAGGCACUUGUAUGGUUCAUCAAAGCCAGUCAUGGGUUUGAAAUCUCCAGCGCCUAUGGCUCCUGUCCUGAGGCGGGAGGACAGUGGAGUGAGUGUUAUGACUGAUAGCACCCCGGAAAGCAUUAACACCACCUCGGAACCAUUCAGUAGUACAUCAACUGCUAGCAUCUCAAAUGAUUCUCAUCGGCCCAAGUCUCCAGAGUCCACCACUCCAGUCCCGGCCUCUCCACCCAGGUCUCCUGUGACAUCUCCGCUACAAAGGAUGAAUUCAUUCCAUGGAUACCCUUCCCUGAUAUCUCCACCUCCUCAAAGCAGCUACCAGCCAAAUUACUAUCAAAGGAACUAUGCUCCAGACUCCCCAUCGUCCUUCAUUAAUAAUAACGCCAACAUUUAUAGGUCUUUCCGGAUGAGGCAAGACAACUUCAGCACACCAAGGUUUAAUCAAGGCUGGAGAUUAUUUUCUAGACCCACCAUGACCUAGUUUCAGGACUGCCUUGACCUUCGGUAAAAACAGACAAUAAGAGACAAUAUAUACUAAGAUACUGAAACUAGAUACCCAGUGAAAAGACAGGAUUAAGGAUAUCUCAUAGUGCUGCAAGCCAUACCAUUUGUUCAUACAAUUCUUCAUAUUUUUGUAAUGUUUCUGUAAACACUGUACAUUGAGAUAUUUUUGUAGCCUUUAAGGACAUAUGCUGGUGUGAGCAGAGCCACCUGGAUUAGUAUGUAAUGGUUUGAUUAUAUUCUACUAUAUAUUAACUAACUAUGCUUGUAAACAAUGGCACAUUAAAGGUAUUUGUCUACUGUAUGUGGAUUGGUGUUGCCUAUUGCACUUGCUUAUACCCUUGCCUUCCUUGACUGUUCAACACUUAGGGGCACAUUUACUAAGGGUCGAAUUUCGAAGUGAAAAAAAACUUCGAAAUUCGACCAUCGAAUUGCAGUAGUUCGAUAUUCGAAGUCAAAGUUUUUUUUUUAUCGAAUAUGGCCAUUUGCGAACUAAGUAAAAUCGCUCAAUUAAAUCCUCGAUUCGAACAAUUUAAUCGAUCGAUCAAACAA